AGAGACAAAACCCAUAACAAAAGGAUGGGAUCCUCAGCGAUCCCAGAGACGAACGGCACCGCCUCUCCGCCAUCGAAUCGGAAAUCUCCGGCGACCAAUGGCGGCGACGUACCUCCACUGUCUCUCUCGUCUGCUGCCUCCGAUCAAAUGAUCACGGAAUCGGAUGCGCUGAAGAAGAGGAAAGCGGGAGUGCUUCCGCUCGAGGUGGGUACUCGCGUCAUGUGUCGGUGGAGAGACUCCAAGUACCAUCCCGUGAAGGUUAUCGAGCGCCGGAAGCUUCAUCACGGUGGCCAGAAUGAUUACGAGUAUUACGUUCAUUACACAGAGUUUAAUAGGAGGCUGGAUGAAUGGGUGAAGCUGGAACAAUUAGACCUUGAUUCAGUUGAGUGCGCCGUAGAUGAAAAAGUGGAAGACAAGGUCACGAGCUUGAAGAUGACACGCCACCAGAAACGAAAAAUUGAUGAAACACAUGUGGAGGGUCAUGAGGAGCUAGAUGCUGCUAGUCUGCGUGAACAUGAAGAGUUCACAAAAGUGAAAAACAUAGCAACUAUUGAGCUUGGGAAAUACGAGAUUGAGACAUGGUACUUCUCCCCAUUUCCACCAGAAUACAACGACUGUGUGAAGCUCUUUUUUUGUGAGUUUUGUUUGAAUUUUAUGAAGCGCAAGGAGCAGCUUCAAAGACAUAUGAGGAAGUGUGACCUUAAGCAUCCCCCUGGUGAUGAAAUCUACCGAAGUGGUACUUUGUCAAUGUUUGAGGUAGAUGGCAAAAAGAACAAGGUCUAUGCACAGAAUCUCUGUUAUCUGGCAAAAUUGUUUCUUGACCACAAAACUCUUUACUAUGACGUCGACUUGUUUCUAUUCUACGUUCUGUGCGAAUGUGAUGAUCGAGGAUGCCACAUGGUUGGGUACUUUUCAAAGGAAAAACAUUCAGAAGAAUCUUACAACUUGGCUUGCAUUCUCACUCUUCCUCCAUAUCAGAGGAAAGGAUAUGGAAAAUUCUUGAUUGCCUUCUCCUAUGAACUAUCGAAGAAAGAGGGCAAAGUUGGAACACCUGAAAGACCCCUGUCCGAUCUAGGCUUACUGAGCUACAGAGGUUAUUGGACUCGAGUUCUAUUAGACAUCUUGAAAAAGCACAAGGGAAACAUUUCUAUCAAGGAGUUGAGUGACAUGACUGCAAUCAAGGCUGAAGAUAUAUUGAGCACAUUGCAGAGCCUAGAACUGAUACAAUACCGAAAGGGACAACAUGUGAUCUGUGCUGAUCCCAAGGUCCUAGACCGACACCUGAAAGCCGCGGGUCACGGUGGUCUUGAGGUAGAUGUUAGCAAACUCAUAUGGACCCCUUACAAGGAGCAGAGUUAGUCCUUUUUAUAACUUUCCUGGGAUCUCUCUCUCUUUCUCUCUGUGUAAAUAAUCUAACACGAUUUAUGUUCCUCUUUAGUACCUUUUUCUUUUGGGUGUAGUUUCUUGUAAUUGUAGAGAUCUUAGAUUGAAAUCUAUGUAGGUGGGGCAGAAAUGAUGCCAACAAAUCUCUGAUUUGGACAUCUCAAGUAAAGUUUUAAUCUUCUGAU